AUGAGUUGUUUACGCAUUUCUUUCACUCUGGUUUGUUAUAAUCUCUUUUCUAGAAUGGAAGAGUUACUCGACUUGGAGAAAUUAAAGAGUUUAACUCCUGAACAGCAGGACCAAGUAAUUAUGGGAGUCAAACAGCACGCAGCAAUUACCAAUGCCCAAAAUCUUAUUACGGAUCUCUCUGACAAAUGUACACAUAAAUGUAUCACAAGCCCGGGUAGUUCGUUAUCAAAUGGAGAAAAACAGUGCCUGCAGAGAUGCAUGGAUCGCUUCAUGGAUAGCUGGAAUUUAGUUUCGCAGACACUACAGAAGCGUUUGCAAGACGACUUGGCAGCGGGUUCCGCUGCUGGUGGAUCUUUCUCUUGA